AUGGAUAUGAAGUUUACUUCCCUUGAAGAGAAAUUAGAUAAACUGUUAACUCUGAAAGACAGUGUUCUUAAGAAGCUAAUCAGUGUUUCUCAAGAAAUCUGUUGCACUGAAACAGACAUUGAGAUUGUAAAGGCAGAAGCAUCAGACUCUGGAUCCAGGAUGGAACGACACAAAAGAGAUGAUGCCCUGCUCAAGAAGAAAAGUGAAAAGGUCAUCAAAGAAAUUUCAUAUUUAAGUGAAACAGAAACAAAUCCUAUAAAAGAACAGAAACCACCAGAUGCCACAGAGAGGGCCAUCCAGACAAACCAGUCCUGCUCUCACAAAGAGAAGAUUCAUAAGCUCAACAAGGAAAAUGCCAAGAAGGCAAGUUCUGUUCUGUUUCAAAUGGAUUCUGCCAGAUUUCAUACUGAAGGGCUAAAGAAGAAGGGAGAAAGUUUGGCUUUUGAAAACUAUUACAAAUACAGGAGGAGCUCAGUUCAGCAGUCCUUCACUACAGAAGAGCAAAAAGAAGAUGCUGUUGGUGAUGGUUGUCAAAGGGUAGCUGGACAGGAAACAGCAAGUGAGUCUCUAGCAUGCAGGAAGAGGAAGGAGAAACAUCAAGUGUCUGAAGAUGAAAGACAAGAGGAAAGGGAAGAUGAAGAGGAGGGAGAUGCUGAUGAGAAUGAAGAAGAGGUUGAUGAACCACCAGCUGCUUCUCAAAAUGAAGAUGAGGCAGGAGAAAGCCACUGUCAAGAGGCACCACAGGAAAGGUGCAAAGGCUGCGAAAAAGAUGAUAAUCCCACUCCACCAGCACCAUUUGAUCACAGGAUUGUCUCAGCCAAAAGGGCGGGGAUCAGCAGUUACUAUAAUGUCAGCAAGAAUGAAAUCCUGGGAGGAGGGCGAUUUGGCCAAGUGCACAAAUGUGAAGAGAAAGCAACAGGUCUCAAGCUGGCAGCCAAAAUUAUAAAAGCCAAAGGUGAUAAACAGAAGGAUGAGGUAAAGAAUGAAAUCAAUGUUAUGAACCAACUGAACCAUGUGAACCUCAUCCAGCUGUAUGACGCAUUUGAAUCCAAAAAUGACAUUGUUCUGGUCAUGGAAUAUGUGGAAGGAGGAGAAUUAUUUGACCGAAUUAUUGAUGAAAAUUACAAUUUGACAGAGAUGGAUACCAUCUUGUUCAUAAAACAGAUCUGUGAGGGGAUUCAGUACAUGCACCAAAUGUAUAUUCUUCAUUUGGAUCUCAAGCCUGAGAAUAUCCUCUGUGUGAACCGAGCAGCAAAUCAAAUAAAAAUUAUUGAUUUUGGGUUGGCCAGAAGAUAUAAACCCAGGGAAAAACUUCGAAUUAAUUUUGGGACUCCAGAAUUCCUUGCGCCUGAAGUUGUGAAUUAUGAGUUUGUCUCCUUUCCUACAGACAUGUGGAGUGUAGGAGUCAUUGCUUAUAUGCUGCUGAGUGGAUUGUCUCCUUUUUUGGGUGAUGAUGACAAUGAGACUCUCAACAAUAUCCUGGCUUGUAGCUGGAAUUUUGAAGAUGAGGAAUUUCAAGAUGUUUCUGAUGUGGCCAAAGAUUUCAUCUCAAAGCUUCUCAUCAAGGAAAAAUGCUGGAGAAUAAGUGCAACUGCUGCCUUAAAACACCCAUGGUUAUCAGACCACAAGCUCCACUGCAGACUCCAGGAAAAGGCUAAAGGUGGCUGUGUGUCUCCAGCAUCCCUGGCCCAAUAACCUCUCCGAAAGAGCUGCCAGACAGAAG